AUGGGUUUGAGGAUGGCGUUGUUUAUAGUGUUGUUUGCGGGUAUGUUAAGUGUGAGUUGGUGUUGGGGAGAGGAAGCGACGGAGAUUGCGAAGCAGAAAGCGAAUAUGGGUGCAGGAGACAUAAAUAAUAAAGCCCAACAGGCAAAGCAAAGUGCGUCCGAAGCCAUUGAAGAUGCUAAAGACAAAACUGCUUCUUGGACUGAUUGGGUCACUGCCAAAUUCUCUCAGUACCAAGAUGAUGCAAAAGACGAAGCCCAAAGAUUAACAGAUAGUACCAAGGAGACUGCAUCAAAUGCAAGAGAUUCUGUUAAUUCUGCUGCACAUGAAACCCAAAGGUAUGGUUCUCAAAAGGCUAAGGAGAUGGCUGAUGUAGCAUCUGACAAAUUUGGUGAUGCUAAAAAUUAUGCGUCCAAGAAAGCCAAUCAAGCUAUGAAUACCGCUAGUCAUGCCAAAGAAAAUGCGUAUGCCUAUGCAUCGGAGAAAACCGGCCAAGCCACAAAAACAGCUAGCGAGUUUGCCAAAGAAAAGGCUCAUGAUGCUUAUGCUUAUGCAUCUGAUAAGGCAGGUCAAGCCACGAACAUUGCUUCAGAUACGGCGGCCGAUACUAAAGAAAGUGCCAAACAUAAGGCUUAUGAUGCUACCGAUUUUGCCAAAGAGAAGGCACAUGAUGCUUAUGCUUAUGCUUCUAAUAAGGCAGGUCAAGCAACUAACAUUGCUUCUGACAUGGCCGCUGAUGCCAAAGAAAGCGUCAAACAUAAAGCUUACAAUGCCAAAGAUUUCGCCUCUGAUAAGGCGCAUGAUUCCGUGAAUGCCGCUUCCGAAAUGGGUAGUUCAGGUAAUGAGAAGAUUAGCAAUAAAGCUAAGGAUGCCUAUGCUUAUGCCACAGAUAAAGCCAAAAAAAUUGGUAAAGACAAAGCGUAUGAUGCUUAUGGAUUUGUAUCUGAAAAGAUGAACCGAGCAAGGGACGAGGCUUCUAAUAUUGCUGGUAAUUCAAAAGACACAAUGAAAGAUAAAGCAUCGGAUGCCUAUGACUUCGCCUCUAGUAAAGCCGAUCACACCAUAAGAAUGGCUACGGAUAGAGCCAAUUAUGCGAGAGUCAAAGCUUAUGCUGGAUAUGAGGGUGCCAAAUCAAAAGUGCAUGAAACUUACAACUCUGCCAAGAACACGAUGAAUGAACAAGCAAAGGAUAAAUAUGAAACGGCCAAAGAGAAGGCUUCGGACGCUGCAGGUCAUGUUGGAGCAAAAUUGAAAAGUGCAAGUGGCAGUGAAUUAUGA